AUGCCUGUCCUUACAGAUGCACGCCUGGUGGAGCUACGCGUUUGGUGGCUGGCGAGCGCUGCAAAGCGCGCUGCGAAGCAUCACCCAGAGGAAUCAAAAGAAGCUCAAAUCGCUGUGCGGCGGUUCUCCAGGCCAGUAUAUCCCGUCUUUCUCCCUUGCAAACGUCGCGCGUCUAAACAACAGCGAGUUGACGCGCCGGCGAAUCGCCAACCAGAAUCGAGCUUGGGAUUAGUCCCGAAUAUCUCUAGUGCAUAUUCCACGCCAAGCCGCUCACGUAAUCCAGCGCCGGCCGCUCGAUCUGGCAAUAAAAUGGAGUCGAGACGAAAAGUGCGGAACCAAAGCAAAGUUAACCAUGAUACCAAGUUAUGGAGUCUGCUCUCGGCUUUUCGCCUGCUCCGCUUUGGAGUUUGGGACCGUCUCUCUUUUUCGUCUUUCCCGUUUGUGGGAUUCUAUACCCGACACGAUGUGUGGACGACCCUGAUCACCAACGCCGAUUAUCUCUCAGGUCUCCUUACGCUGGACUAUUCUCUGAAACGAGUUGGAUCAAAGUAUCCUCUGUUGGCUCUCUACACCGAUACGUUCCCUGCUGAAGGCCAUGCCGCCCUAGACGCAAGGCGGAUUCCCAAACGCCAUAUUCCGUACCUGCUCCCAUCGGCACACAAGGACUACAGCAAUGACACCCGCUUCUAUGAUUGCUGGAGCAAGUUGACUCCCUUUUCGCUUGUGGACUAUGACCGUGUCGUCCAGCUUGAUAGCGACAUGCUGGUCCUUCGCAACAUGGACGAGCUGAUGGAUAUAGAACUGGAUGACCCGGCGCUGGGUGGCACGGGGCCGCGCGUGUUUGCUGCGAGUCAUGCCUGUGUUUGCAACCCGCUACAUAAGCCACAUUAUCCUAAGGAUUGGAAUUCAUCAAACUGCGCCUUUACAAGUCAGCACAGCCACCCAGACAAGGCACAGAGGCAAGGAGCACCUCCAACAGCCGGUCUCUCAAUUCCAAACGGUGGGCUUCAAGUUGUCAAUCCCUCAAUGGGUGUGUAUGACCGUAUCCUCGAAUGCCUGCGCAACCCGCGCGCUACCUCAAACUACGAUUUCGCAGACCAAUCACUCCUAGCCGAUUUAUUCCCUGGACGAUGGGUUGCGAUCCCUUAUACAUAUAACGCGUUGAAAACUCUUCGCUGGAAGGGCGUGCAUGAAGCGAUCUGGAGAGAUGACGAGAUCAAAAACAUUCAUUAUAUACUGAGCCCUAAGCCAUGGGAUGAGACAUGGCGAGGUGACGCGGCAAACGAUGAAAAGGCGGCGAGCAGAAGCGUGGAUGAGACCCAUGCCUGGUGGUGGAAGAUCACCGAGGAGAGGUACGCUGAGGAAAGGCGACUGGGGAUACCAAAGGAUCGGUUUUAG